AUUUGGCGAUGACUAUUCGUUUUUAAAAUCUCUGCUGUUCUUUAAAUUAUUUCUUUUAUGUAUAAACCAUCGCCGGCAAAAUAGAUUAAUCAGUUGAGUUUUUGAAUCAGGCUUAGAUUGUGUUUUUAUUUGUGUUCUGAUCAUCCUGCUUCUAUACAUCUACUAACUACAAAGCAUAUCGAAAUAUUAUGUCUUCGGGGCCCAAUUUGAGACUGGGAAGCAAGUUCCCCAACUUGAGUGUGAAAACAACGAAGGGCGACUUCAAAGUACUUGAGUGGAAGGGCAGCAACUGGAUGCUGUUUUUCAGCCACCCGGCAGAUUUCACGCCUGUCUGCACCACCGAAAUUGGAAUGCUGGCCAAGCAUCACGAGGAGUUUGCGAAGCGAGGAGUGAAACUAAUCGGACUCUCGUGCGACUCGGUCGCCGACCACGAGGCCUGGGCCAAAGACAUCUUCGCCUAUACGGAGAAGUAUUCGGGCUGCUCGCUGAAGGAGUUGCCGUUCCCGCUCAUUGGCGACGAGGACAGGUCAGUUGCGAUUGCACUAGGCAUGAUUGAUGCGAACAAUCAGCCGAACCCUGGAUCUCUCCCUCUCACAUGCCGGGCUGUGUUCAUUGUGGGUCCGGACGAUCUGAUCAAACUGUUCAUCUACUACCCGGCCUCCACUGGGCGCAACUUCGAUGAGCUCAUCCGGGUGGUGGAUUCCCUCCAGCUGGGCCAACAGAAGAAGGUCGCCACUCCCGCCAACUGGAACAAAGGCCAAAAGGUGAUGGUGGUUGCCAGUGCGACUGAAGAAGAAGCGAAGAAGAUAGACCCCAACUACGAGAAAGUGCAAGUGCCCUCUAACAAGACAUACCUGCGCAUGGCCCACUGCAACUGAACCCACCAUCGCACAACACCUCUUCCGCCUCUGACAUUGAAUUGAACAAUCAAAUUAUGAUUUCCUUGUACAAGAAAUACUGAAUUGCAAUUAGAUAUAAAUAUUGAAAGUUGACUUAUCAGCCUGAAUAUUCUUCGUCAUAAUUCCUCUGUUUCGCAAAAAAUAUAUGUAUGUGUGCCUCUG